GGGGCUGGUGACAGUGCGGAGCUGCUGCCAGCGUCCGCGCCUCGGGAGCGGCCGGACGGAAGAGAAGGUCCGCCAGACGCCGGUCGGCUGCCCGACCCUUCGGACUCAACCCCGAGCUGAACGGCCGGCCGCGGCUUCUGGUUGGUCGGGGGAGGCGCUGCGGCCACCUCAAGGAAGAUGUUUAACGUGGAGUCUGUGGAGCGGGUGGAGCUGUGCGAGAGCCUGCUCACUUGGAUCCAGACCUUUAAUGUGGAUACACCAUGCCAGACGGUGGAAGAUUUAACGAAUGGGGUUGUGAUGUCCCAGGUUCUUCAAAAGAUAGAUCCUGCAUAUUUCGAUGAUAAUUGGCUAAACAGAAUCAAAACUGAAGUGGGAGACAACUGGAGAUUAAAGAUUAGUAACUUAAAGAAAAUUUUAAAAGGAAUCUUGGAUUACAAUCAUGAGAUUUUAGGACAGCAGAUUAAUGAUUUUACCCUUCCUGAUGUGAACCUUAUUGGGGAGCAUUCUGAUGCAGCAGAGCUUGGAAGGAUGCUCCAGCUCAUUCUAGGCUGUGCUGUGAACUGUGAACAGAAGCAAGAGUACAUUCAAGCCAUUAUGAUGAUGGAGGAGUCUGUUCAGCAUGUCGUCAUGACAGCCAUUCAAGAGCUAAUGAGUAAAGAGUCCCCUGUCUCUGCUGGGAAUGAUGCCUAUGUCGAUCUGGAUCGCCAGUUGAAGAAAACUACAGAGGAACUAAAUGAAGCUUUGUCAGCAAAGGAAGAAAUUGCUCAAAGAUGCCAUGAAUUGGAUAUGCAAGUUGCAGCACUACAAGAGGAGAAGAGUAGUCUACUGGCGGAAAAUCAGAUACUGAUGGAGCGACUCAAUCAGUCUGACUCUAUAGAAGACCCCAACAGUCCAGCAGGAAGAAGACAUCUACAGCUUCAGACUCAGUUAGAGCAGCUGCAAGAGGAGACAUUCAGACUAGAAGCAGCGAAAGAUGAUUAUCGAAUACGCUGUGAGGAGUUAGAAAAGGAAAUCUCGGAGCUUCGGCAGCAGAAUGAUGAACUAACCACCUUGGCAGAUGAAGCUCAGUCUCUAAAGGAUGAAAUAGACGUUCUCAGACACUCUUCUGAUAAAGUCUCUAAACUAGAAGGUCAAGUCGAAUCUUAUAAAAAGAAGCUGGAAGACCUUGGGGAUUUGAGGCGGCAGGUUAAACUCUUAGAAGAAAAGAAUACUAUGUACAUGCAGAACACUGUCAGUCUGGAGGAAGAAUUAAGAAAGGCUAAUGCAGCCCGAGGUCAGCUUGAGACAUACAAGAGACAGGUUGUAGAGCUGCAAAAUAGAUUAUCUGAUGAAUCAAAGAAAGCAGAUAAAUUAGAUUUUGAAUAUAAGCGACUAAAAGAAAAAGUUGAUGGUCUUCAGAAAGAGAAAGAUAGGUUAAGAACAGAAAGGGAUUCUCUGAAGGAAACCAUUGAAGAGCUCCGUUGUGUACAGGCUCAGGAGGGGCAGCUCACAACUCAAGGGUUAAUGCCUCUGGGAAGCCAGGAGUCUUCAGACAGCCUCGCAGCAGAGAUUAUUACCCCUGAAAUCAGGGAGAAACUUAUUCGUCUUCAGCAUGAGAAUAAGAUGUUAAAAAUCAGUCAAGAGGGUUCAGACAAUGAGAAAAUUGCCUUGUUGCAGAGCCUUCUAGAUGAUGCAAACCUGCGCAAGAAUGAGCUGGAGACGGAGAACAGGCUGGUGAAUCAAAGACUUCUAGAAGUACAGUCACAAGUAGAAGAACUGCAGAAAUCUUUGCAGGAUCAAGGCUCAAAAGCAGAAGAUUCAGUUCUUCUAAAAAAGAAGCUUGAAGAACAUCUAGAGAAGCUGCAUGAAGCCAACAAUGAAUUACAGAAAAAGAGGGCCAUUAUCGAAGACCUUGAGCCAAGAUUUAACAACAGCUCCUUAAGAAUUGAAGAAUUGCAAGAAGCUUUACGGAAGAAGGAAGAAGAAAUGAAGCAGAUGGAAGAACGCUAUAAGAAGUACUUAGAGAAAGCCAAAAGUGUUAUUCGUACAUUAGACCCUAAACAGAAUCAAGGAGCAGCACCAGAAAUACAAGCUCUUAAAAACCAACUGCAGGAACGGGAUCGACUAUUCCACUCAUUAGAGAAAGAAUAUGAGAAAACGAAGAGUCAAAGAGACAUGGAGGAGAAAUACAUUGUUAGUGCCUGGUACAAUAUGGGAAUGACUCUACAUAAAAAGGCGGCUGAAGAUAGACUAGCUAGCACAGGCUCAGGGCAGUCCUUUCUAGCGAGGCAAAGACAAGCGACCAGCACGAGAAGGUCCUACCCAGGCCAUGUCCAGCCAGCCACGGCAAGGUAGAGAGGUCUCGCCAUUAGGAAUUUUUAAAAAAAAACAUACUUCUGUUACACAUAACAACAUUUCAGGAAACUCAGCCAGCUUAUUUUAUUUCUCUCUUGUGUUAAUAUUUAGUGUUUCUCACAUGAGGAUUUUUCUGUCUUCUAUCUUUUAGUUUCUUUGUCCUUUGCUUUUUGGUCUUUUCAGUUCCUUUUAAUGUGCCAAAAAUUUGUAAAUGUACAAUUAAAAGUGUUGUAUAAUAGUGUAAUACUUUUCUUUGUAUGAAAAUGUCUUCUUCCCCAUUUGUGUGGGCUUUGUAAAGAAUCAGAUUUUCUGCCAAUAAUUGAUACACAAUUUAUAUUCUUUAUCGUGCCUACUGUGUUACCAUACUUUAUAAGACUGUCUUUGUUUAAAGGGAAUUAAUCUUUUUAUGGUGUAGUAAUCUGUGUUUUCAAUUGUUUUUCAAAUGCACUUCAGAUAACUUAGAUAUUUACUGUACUAUGAAGUGGUAUCGACUGCACUUCCGCAAAGAAGUGCAUUGGCGGAGGCACUUGUCAGACCACAUGGCCCCUGGCAGGAUCCCUCAGAGGGAAGAAAGGAGUUUUCAUGUUAUUUUACUAGAAAUUAAACUUACUCGAAGACUUCAUUUUCAAACCGUGAAUGUGUGAAAUGUCACUAUCUCCUGCUGUCAUGCUUGCUGGCAGAAGUGAAGUUGAUGAAGAUGUUUGGGUAGACAUUACGGAAGAGAAAAUUUGGCAGGAUUUUUUUCUUCCUUUGGAAUAUCUUCAUAGUUAAGAAUCAGAUUCUAGCCACACACUUUUAAUUGCUCUCUACAUGUAAAAGAUUUAUUUUUCAUAUAGGUAGCCUUAUCUUUGGGGCAGUUCUUUGACUUAUGCCUCAUAUGUUUUAUAUAUUCUGUGAGCCUUUCCUUUUCUCAAUUAAUCUUGAUAGUUAACAUCUUAAUACCAUUCAUUAAGAUCAGUACAUGCCUUUCUCUGUGUAAUAUUAUGACAGAUCUCUUUACAGUGUUUAACUCUACCUACCAAUGAAUUGGUAACUGGAGAGAUUUUCUUGGGUAUUUGGUUGUUCAAAUUGCUUAUGUUGUAUGCCACAUUUAUUUACAUAGAUGAAUGCCUGUUAAGCAAUCACUGUGAAGCACUUUGUCUAUAUAAGGUAUUAUAUAAUUUUAAACUAUCAUUUAUUUGAAAAUAAUAUACCUUUUGUCUUUUUCCAUAUUGA